AUGGUGGCUCUAAGCAGCCUCCAAGUUGUCCUGUUUAGACCUCCACAAGAUCUUUCAUUACAUAAAUGUAGACCAAGAAGUUUUAUCAAGUGUAGGAUUGCAGAGCCAACAGGAGAACCAGCUCCUUUAGGACAAAAAACAAAAUACAUUGAUGGGUUCUUUGAGAAAGCAUUCAUGACUCUAUUUGCUAGAAAGAUGGAGAAGUUUGCAGCUCCUGCAAAAAAUGGUACUGAGAGUAAAGAGAUGGGGUGGUUUGGUUAUGACUAUGAGAGUUUUGUUGAUGCUUCAAGGAGAGUAAUGCAAGGAAGAAAUCGCACGCAGCAACAAGAAGUGGUUCGUGAGGUUCUCUUGUCUAUGCUACCUCCAGGUGCUCCUGAGCAGUUCAAGAAAUUAUUUCCACCUACAAAAUGGGCUGCAGAAUUUAAUGCUGCAUUGACUGUACCUUUCUUCCAAUGGUUGGUUGGGCCUUCUGAGGUUGUGGAAGUGGAGGUAAAUGGGGAGAAGCAAAGAAGUGGAGUUCAUAUAAAGAAGUGCAGGUACCUUGAGAAUAGUGGAUGUGUAGGAAUGUGUGUGAACAUGUGCAAAAUUCCUACUCAAGACUUCUUCACUAAUGAAUUUGGGCUUCCAUUAACUAUGAUACCUAAUUUUGAAGAUAUGAGUUGUGAAAUGGUUUACGGCCAAGUUCCACCCCCAUUUGAAGAGGAUCCAGUAGCAAAACAGCCUUGCCUUGCAGAUAUUUGCACCAUAGCAAAUCCCAACUCAAGUAUCUGUCCCAAGUUAGAAGCUUGA